UCGAUUUGGCCAGGGUCUGCUUUCGAUGUGUUUCCCUAUCGAGAUCGACCGAAGCCACUUGUAAAGGCUCUCUUCAAAAUUACCAUCUACCUGCCCAUUUUCAAGCGGGGCCACACGCCCUCGUUCGCUGCACCGCUCGGACGCGUCAGGGCAAACGGUAUAAUCACCAUGCCGCAGUCAGAAUCGACCGAUGUCGAAGGCGGGCCUGGAGGGGAAAAGGGCUCGGAAAGCCGACCGGGAUGGUCGGAGCGCUUGUUGCAUGUGACAUGGGCCAAUUUUCUCGUUACCAUGUCGACGGGAGGCAUGGCGGUGGUGAUAGGUCAGCAACCGCACACCUUUCGCGGGCUUCAGACGAUUGGCAAGGUCGUCUUCAUUUUUGACCUCGUCCUGCUCGUCACCCUCAUCACCCUCACCGUGCAGCGCUUCGUGCGCAAGCCCGAGCUGCUAUGGAGAUCUUUGAGAAAUCCAGGAGAAUGCUUGUUUUUGCCUGCCGUUUGGCUCUCUGUUGCGGACAUCGUCAUCUGCAUGCAGCUCUACGCAUCGUCCAGCACGGGCAACUGGCUGAUAGUCACUAUCAGAGUGCUCUUUUGGUUCUAUGUUGCCACGGUGCUGAUUAUGGCCUCGCUCCUCUACCUCGACCUUUUCACUGCGCGACGCAUGACAAAUCACGACAUCAUCCCCGCUUGGCUUUUGCCCAUGCUCCCAGUCAUGCUGACGGGUACAGUUGCGGGCUCGAUCGCCUCCAGUCAGCCUCCCGGCCAAGCCAUAGCCAUUCUAGUAGCGGGACUGACUUGUCAAGGUCUAGGAUUUUGGGCUUCCAUUGCCAUGUAUGGGCCUUUCAUCACGCGAUUGAUGAAGAUCGGACUGCCCGCUCCUAAUCUACGUCCAGGACUCAUGAUUGCGGUCUCGCCGCCGGCAUUCACGGCGCUGGCACUGAUCGACAUGUCUCAAGCGAUGCCAGCAGCAACCUCUUAUUUCAGCAGUCAUUCCACGGCCUCAGAGACGCUCCAAGUGAUCGCCCUAGCCACCGGUAUAUUUUUAUGGGCCUUGUCUUUCUGGUGGUUCGUGGUGACUGUAGGCGCAAUCUUGCUCGGGGUGAAGAAGAUGGAGUUUCACCUCGUUUGGUACGGUCUGCUCUUUCCAAACGUGGGCUGGACAGUCUCCACUAUCAGCAUCGGCAAAGCGCUGGGCAGCAAUGCUGUAACUUGGGUCAGCACGGCGAUGUCUCUCCUACUGAUCACCGCCUACCUCUUUGUCCUACUGAUGCAUGCAAGAGCCAUCUGGAGGGGUGGAAUCAUGUGGCCAGGCAAGGACGAGGAUAAAGACACAUAGCGUAUGCCGCGCGACACGACUGCCUAUGCGCGGCGCGGAGAAUGCAUCUGCAUUUGUCUUGGAAGCGUUCGUGC